AUGUCCUCCGUCCUCGGCGCCGAGCCGGACAACGCCGGGCCCCCAGCGAAGCGGCCAAAGCGAACCUAUCGCGCCUGCUAUCCCUGCCGCUCCCGCAAGCUGAAAUGCAGCUUCGGUGACCCAGAUAAGCCAUGGGACGGUCCGUGUGUCCGUUGCACCCGUGAGCGGCGCGAGUGCGUGCGCGCCAUGUCUACUGUCGUGCGCUACGCCCUCCCUGACGUACCGGUGACCCACAUCCCAGCGCCCACUGCGGCACCACCCACUGUACCAACCUUCGCUAAGCCUGCCCUACCUCCGCAGAGGACCUUAGCACACUCCCCUCCGCACGAGCACGCGUACGCCCGCUAUGAGGAGGAGAGGGACGACCGACAGUCCCCACCACUCGAAGAUGAGGGCGAUGAGGGGCGUGGCGGAGGUAGCGCCCUCCUGAUGUCCAAUCUCCAGAACCCGAAUGACGCACUGCGUCUGCUCGCUAGCGCCAGCUCACUCCGGUACCAGACUGGGCCGGCAGGUGAGAGAGUGAACGAGACGAACCCACGCGGCGGACUCAGUCCGUGGCACUGGUGGGCGCCGGUCGAGGCGGGCGGGCUGAGCGAGGAGGAGGCUGCAGCGUUGUUGGGAUUCUUCGAAAUGCACAUGGCGCCGCUCUUUCCCCUCAUUCACCCGCGCGUCCUUGAGCCCGCGUACCUCCCUACCCUAGUGGCUGACGAGGCCCUCCUACUUGGCGCAAUUGUCGGUAUCGCGUCCCGCUAUGCAAACGUCCUCGAACCGGACCGCGCUGCCGAGAUCCACGCCGUCGUGUCGCUAUGGGUGCGGGCCGAGCUCACGUCCCUCAUGGACGGCGAUCUUGAGUUGCGUUCGGCCAGUACAGUUGAGGCCCUACUUCUGCUUAGCGAGUGGCCGCUUCUCCCUGCUACGCGGAAGCGGAGGUCGCGCGAGGAGCCGGACUCGGAGGAGGCGCGCCUACUGCGCCCAAGCUUGCGAUACGAUGCUUACUGCUGGAGUAACAUCGGUCUUGCUAUCCGCAUCGCGCAGGAACUCGGCAUGGAAGACAGCGUGUUCCAGGCUGCCGAGGCUGCAAAGGAGAAUUGGCCGGACACAUGGAAGUAUGAGCGCCCGCUCAAGACAUGGAUCUACUGCUACAAUGCGGAAUCGCACAUCGCAGCCCGUCUUGGCCGGAGCGCCGUCAUGCUGCCGAACAUGACCUCCAAAUGGUGGGAGAGCCUUUCAGUUGUCAACAGCGCCAUUCGCAAGGACAAGACUACGGACGCGUGGGCGGGCGACUUGUUCACGUUGACGAGCAACGGCCAGUUGCUUGGAUCGAUCCAACAGCAUCUCUACUGGAGCAAGGAGAUCACAUACACCCUCCUCCGCUCCGGCGCGUGGGAGUCGUUCAUGCGCUCCCUGCGCCUCGACAUGCGUCACAACCGCAACUGCUGCGACCAGAGAUUGCGAGAGGGUACGCUGAGCUCUGCAAUUCUGCAGCUUGAGUUUGACUACCUUGUGCUGUACGCGAACUCACUGGCACUACGUUCCCUCCAGAGGCGGCUGCGACGUGCGCGUCAGCGCGACGACCCCUCGUGGGAGACGCCGUCGCUGCUGAAUGCGGUCGAGGGUCCGUGGAUCAUUGAGGCGCUGUCAGCGGCGCGCGCAAUUCUUGAAACGACCACGAACAUGCUGGAGGCGCGAGGUCAUCUGCGUUUCUGCCCCUCGCGCAUCUUCCAGUACAUCCUCUUCGCCACAACAUUCCUGUACAAGGCUCUCGCCAUUGGUGCAGUGGAACACGGCGAGUCGAGCAUUGUCGCGAUGUUGGAGCGAACGGUCGCGGCGCUGGGUGCAGCCGCCAUUGACGACGAGCACUUUCCCUCUGGUUUCGCCGUCCUACUUGCCCGCCUGGGGAAGCACUGGCACGCUGGGCAGAUCUCGAACCGCACACUCGUGUUCUGGCCCAAACAACCCGAGAUCCAGCCUGGCAUACCCUUCCCCCCGCCGCCUGUCGAGGCGCCCGCCGAGGUGCCGUUAGUCGCAACACCACCGGCCCCACCGCUUGCCGCAGCUGCAGCCGAGGGUGGCUUGGGGUGGCAGCUUGACCUCACGUCACACAUGCCUGCGGCCGACCUCGAGCAGGACAUGAUCUUCCAGUCUAUCUGGGACCAUGCGGGCCCAAGCGCAGGCCUUUCCACCUCGAGCCUGUACGCGACGCUGCUGGGUGAGGCGCUGAAUAUGCCCGAGACGCUGUAA